AUGGAACGAAAUGUGAAUGCACGAGAACCAAAAGAAAGUCAUUGUUAUAGCCAUGCACAUAGUCUUAUUCCAGUUCUAUUUGAAUUACCACGUAUUAGUCCAAAAUUUAUUGCAUAUGAAAAUCUACCGAAGAUUGCGCUUGAUUAUGGUCUUGAACGUGAAUUAGCUGUUCCUCGUACUGUCAUUGUAAGUGAUCCAUCAUCAGGCAAAUCGAUGCUUGUUCAAAUGUUUCUUCGAUUUCCAUGUGCUUUUUCACAUGCUAAUGCUGGUACUCGAUGUCCAGUAAAAUAUAUAUUACGUUAUGAUCUAAAUUUACCGAGUGGUGAAAUUCGUUUUAUUGAACCAAAGCAUUGGCAAGCUAAAGAUCUGUGCAAAAAACUGGAAUUAGAAAUGAAACGUAUUGAGAAGACUCAUAGGCAUGAAGGUAGUUUUCGUCUUGAACUAUUUACUGUUGAAAUAGCCAGUAAACAUUAUACAGAUUUUGAAAUUCUCGAUGUACCUGGUCUAGUUAGGGGUGAUCUAGAUGCUAAUAAACGAGCAGCUGUUGAACGUAUUACUAAACAUUAUGUAUGUGAUCCGAGUUUUAUGAUUGUACAACAACUCAAAGAAGCUCAACAAUUAGCUGAUAAUACAUAUGGAACAAGACGUAUUGGCGAACUCUGUAUUAAUAAACCGGCUCUUGAUGGCUCAAAGUUUCCUUCUCGAAAGAAUUAUGCUCAACAUACGGUUACAAUUCAAACAAAAAAUCAUCACAGCAAGUUUUGUAGAGCUUUUUGUGGUGCAUCUUUUAAGAAAAAAAAUCAAGAUUAUAUGAUUUAUCUAUGGUGA